AUGUCAACAACAGAGAACACAACAACUGCUAUCGUUCAUGAAGCCAUAAAUGAAGAAUAUGAGUGGGUUCAGUUUAACAAACAACUCCGUCUCAUUCGUUCGGUCAAAGACGAUAUGUACCAGAUGCAAAGUAUUUUGACAGCAUGUUUUGCUCCAGAUACUAAGCUUCCUAAAGACUGGUUUAGGAACCAAAGCACACAAGAACUUUUGAGCGAAGCACAGCGAGACAUACUUUUUUCUGAAAACAGUGAAGAACAGCGAGUAGGGAAAAAAACCUGGUCGUCUAAAACUCAUGAAAAUCGUGAAAAAUUGCCAAAUGGUUUGAGAGGAUAUUAUGUACAUAGACUUCUUGUAAAUGCUGUUGCAAUGUGGGCUUCGCCUCGUUAUGCUUGGAAUAUAUACAGACUUCUUGACGAAAUUCAUAGACAAGAACGUGAAGAGAUGGAAAACAAGCUUGAAGCAAAAGACAAAAGCAUUCAGAAAAGAAUACCACGUUCGGUACCAAAAGGAAAGGAAAAGAACUAUAAGUAUAUGAUUUAUACUGAAGAGAUGGAAAAUGAAGAAGACAGAGAUAUGGUUAUGUUGCAUUUAGUCAGAAGAAACAACAAAAGCUUUUACGACCUUGCUAAGAUUUACAAAUCUGACAGAAAUUGGUUCUAUCGCGAAAACUUACCGAUUUCAAUGACACCGAAUGAAGAUGUGAAACAAAUAGUUCAAGAUACGUUACCUCAAACACACUAUGAUAUGAAAGGUUGUACAAUACUUACCUUCAAAGAAGAUUUGCCAUUGUUAAAGGAAAAAAUAACAGAGUAUUUUGACAACUUCAAACAAGUAGAGUAA